GUUGGGCCGGCUCGAAAUUAUAACCGAGUCCAGCAAGUCGCCGUAACUCGCUUCUGGAAGCGACGAGUCAGGGCGAAGGAAUACGGCCCCGCCGAUGCCCUCCGCCAUCAGGAAGCGGCCGAAAUCGUGGCCUCCGGAGACAUCGAAACCUCUCCAGUUCAUCGGAAGGGAGCCAUCCACCGCGAUCUUCCCUUCCAAAGCUGACCUCCUCAGGCUCUGUGCCGUCGUCGCCAUUGCUGCUUCCGUAGCUGCUGCCUGUAACUAUGCCGUGUACUUGUUGAAUCGACAGGAUAAGCCAUUUUGCGACAGCAUCGAGGAUUCUUACGAUCCCGAGAAUGGUCUCUGUGAGCCUUGCCCUUACCAUGGAUGGUGCUCCAGUGGGAGUUUGGAGUGUGUUCAUGGUUAUAAGAAGCAGGGCAGGAAAUGCAUUGAAGAUGGAGUCAUCAAUCAGACUACUAAGAAAGCUUUGGACCUGCUGGAGGAGCACGUUUGUAAGGCAUACGGACAAGUUCUGUGCAAGCUACCUGGGAAAAUUUGGUUUCAAGAGGCUGAAAUAAAGGAUAUAAUUGAAGAGCAUGUAACACGGAGUAGCAUUGGUUUGAAAGCUGACACUUCCAAAUUUAUAAAAGAUACGAUGAUGGAAGCUGUGGAAUCCGUGUUAGAAGCAAAAGCCAUAAACAACAGAAGCAAGGAGUACAAAUGUCCAGAUAUGUUAGCUGAAUUUCAUAAGCCUCUUCAUUGUCGUAUCAAUCAGUGGAUUUACAAGCAUGCUGGCAUUUUGCUUGCAAUUUUUGUCUUACUUGUAGGUCUAGCUAAGUUUACACUGAACGUACAUCAAAAAGGGAAGAUCACACAUAGAGCAGAGCAACUGUAUGAGCAGGUAUGUGAAAUUCUCCAAGAGAAUGCCAUGAGAGCCAUGAGUGGAGAGAAUAAAGGAGAACGUUGGGUGGUUGCAUCUUGGCUAAGGGAUCAACUACUCUUACCAAGGGAAAGGAAGCAUGCUAUAUUAUGGAAAAAGGUUGAAGAACUUAUUAUGGAGGAUUCUCGAAUUGAUCAAUAUCCGAAGUUAAUCAAGGGAGAGUCUAAAGUAGUCUUGGAGUGGCAAGUUGAUGGUCCGCUCACAUCAAUGCUCAAGGAGAAGGAAUCUGCGAGCAAGGCAAAAACGUUCAGCGGCAACAAAGGAUCGUAUCAAAAUGAAGAAGAAAAGAAGUAUAAAGUAGCAGCGCAUCUGUUUUCCUAGAUUCUAUUCAGCUCAAGUAGACGAAACCCUGUAGUGUUUCGUCAUAUAGACAAUCAUUCAUGUAUCGGAAAUCCUUCCGCGUAUCUUGCUUUACACAAGUCGUUUCUUCGGAACUUGAAGUUCGAUUCGGAAAUGUAACAUUUUUUUAGCUAUGCUAUUUAUCAAUAGCAUUUUUUUUGGGUGUUCUUUAAGCAGGCAAACUAAAUUUAGGAUUUUGUGUAUUUUUUUUGUUUCCAUUCACAUAAAGUUCUUUACUUCU